AUGGCGUUGAAGGUGAAGAAGGAAGCGGUUGUUCCUCCCAAGACAGAAGCCAAGGCCAAGGCCUUGAAAGCCAAGAAGGCAAAAAGUGCCCCAAGGAGAAACAAACUUGACCACUAUGCCAUCAUUAAGUUUCCCCUGAUCACUGAAUCUGCUAUGAAGAAGAUAGAGGACAACAACACCCUUAUCUUCAUUGUGGAUGUCAAGGCCAACAAGCAUCAGAUUAAGCAAGCUGUAAAGAAGCAUUAUGUCAUUGAUGUGGCUAAGGUCAAUCCACUGAUCAGGACUGAUGGAGAGAAGAAGGCCUAUGUCUGA